UGUAAUAUGGAAUGUUGAGGUAAUUAUGCCAUAAUGUAUUAUAGUGUAUUGGUGCAUUAGUGUAUAAGGAAUUGUAGGUGGAGCAGUCUACAAUGUAAGCUACCCCCCCCCCCCUUCCUCAUCAGACAAUAGCCUUACUUUCCCGCCUUUUUGGGGGUACCUGUAUUGCCCAAUGUACUGAUACCCUAUAGGCAUGAUUGGGGAUCCUAUUGUAAGUUUUAGUGGAUGAGUGAUUUUCUUUUGUUCGGGGUCUGUGCACCCAGAGCUGCUAUAGCAGGGACAGAGAGACAUUGUAGAUUGGAGAGAGAGGAGAGAAGCACUAAUUUGUGCCUGCUAAUGGAGAUUGUUAUUUACUUCUGGCAGAUCACAAUUCAUGGCUGCAUGUGGUGAAAUCUCCUUAUUUUGAUGAACUACACUUUCUACAAUAAGGUGGAAGCUUUGUUUAUGAUCAGGGGUCGGACGACAGCAUAUAGCGUUAGUGUUGCUUCGUCGUUAUAGUAUUGGCCGGGGCUGUGUUUUCUUUGGUGAAUAAAUGCAAGACUAAAGUUUACGUUGGACUCCCUAGCUGUUGUCAUUUCUGAAUCUCAACAAUGGUGUCAGAAGUGGGAUGACUGACGGCGAGGGACAACUGGACUGAGAUCAUCUGCACGGAUACUGACCAACCUCCAACUUCUUGCGGCCGUGACGUCGUCGGCUGGCGAUAUUUGGUGUCAGCAACGUCCGGAGGCAAAAGUGAACAUUGGACAGACAGUGAACAUUCAACAGCCUCGGUCAGAUACAUUGUGACCAUUAAUGAAUUUGAAGAACAUGUUCAUGUAAUGAUACACAUGAUUGAUGAUUUGUUCGUUUAAGUUUGCUUGUUGUGAAAUAUUAUUGUUCCUGUUGAAUUUCAUAAUUAACACAUUUAAGUGCAGGAAAAUGGCCCCUACAUCUACGACAACAACUGUGACAACAACAACAACAACUACCACGUCGACAGCAUCAUCCACACGACCUACUAUGACACCAAGGGAGCAACCUUCAGACAUGGACAUGCUGUCACAGUUCUUUCGUCGUUCCAUUGGGCUACAGAGCAUUCUCCAGAGCAACUUGCCCAAGUUUAGGGGAAUACCACAACACGCAAACGACAUUGCACUAUCGGAAUGGCUUGAGGAGUUCUAUGAGAUCACUGCUCAACACAACAUGGAAAUGGGCAGUAAGGCCAGACUUCUUGUAGAUCACCUUGCAGGACCGGCAAGGGAGGAAAUUAUGUGCCUUAGUGAAUCCCGAAGACGUGAUUUUGAUGAAGUUGUAGCAUGUCUUAAACUAUGUUUUGGCUACGAGGAAAAUACACAGUCGUUGAGCAGCAAGUUCCAUAACCGCGUACAGAGAGAAGGGGAAUCGCUUUGUGACUUCAGCCGGGCCUUGAUACGCCUAUACAUAAAGCUGGAGAAGGCAGCAAUCACUCAAGCCCAAGGUGAAGCUUUGGCACAAUUAAAAGACAAAGCUUUGAGUGACCAAUUUGUAAAUGGCGCACGUGAGGCUUGGGUCAGGAGGGAGUUGAGACGCAUCCAAUUAACUCAUGGGCCCAGUGGGUUCAAUAGGAUGAGAGCAGAGGCACUCCAGCUUUUCCAGGAGUCUCCAACAGCUCAGCGUACCAGAAUCAGAGAAGCGGACGUCGAGGUCGGACGGGUGGUCACAUCAGAUUCUGCACAUCUUCUGCAACAGAUGGUAGACCAACAGACAACUAUUAUGACUGAACUAGAACAGCUGAGAGGGGAGGUUACACGAUUGAAAAAUGCCAAACCUCAGAGAAGGAGGGUGAGUAGUGGAUGUUUUCAUUGUGGUCAGAAGGGACACUUUAUAAGGGAGUGUCCCAACAUGACACAUAUGCCUACCAACAUAUUCCCCGCUGCUGCUUCUAAUUACAACUUCUCGGAUGGACCCAGAAGCCAGAGGAAUUACGACUUUCCUGCUUGGAGUCAGGAGUCGGGUACCAGGAACCAGGAUAACUUCAAUUUGCCUGCAACGCGUUAUCAGGCUCCAUCCCAGCCACAUGCCAUCCAGAGGAAUUAUGAUUUUCCUGCUUGGAGUCAGGAGUCGGGUACCAGGAACCAGGAUAACUUCAAUUUGCCUGCAACACGUUAUCAGGCUCCAUCCCCGCCACAUGCCACCCAACGUCACCUUCCUCACCAGGAUGUCACCCCGCAGGCGGAAAACUAGCUUCCUCUGCUGUUGAGGGCAAAACAGCAGGGGACAAUGAACAACAGGACAAGACAGAAGAGCCCAUGGGACAAAGCUCCCAUAAGCUACAAGCCGACACGCCUAUAACAGACAAGAGGGAGAUUGACACAGAAACGAGAUUUGCACAUUCCAGACAGACCACUUUGGAAGAAGCUGCGCUGACAAUAGAUGAAAUAAUGUGUGACAGCGAAACAGAAUUGGUUUCAGAAAGUCCGACCGCAAUAGCAGAAGUUGCCGGCGUGAAAAUUGGUUGCGUCUUAGACACUGGAGCAGAGGCUUCGAUAAUACCCUCAGACGUAUUUCACUCGCAGCUUCAGGAAGCAGCAGGAGAUGUCAGCCCAUUGAAAAAACUGGUAAAAAUUGUUGGGGUGGGUCCAACAAAGGUUCCUGUAGAAGGCUUUAUCCGCACUCGAGUUUUGCUGAACGGCAAAGAAGCUUCCGUCGGGUUCCUUAUCGUGAACCGAGAGUCUUGUGGAGCUAGACAAAAAGACUUCCCAAUUUUAUUGGGAUGUAAUGCACUACGAGCUUUUUUUCCACCAGAGGAAACUCAAGAAGAAUUCCAGUUAGUAAAGGACUGCUUGAAAUUUAAAGGAGUGGACAAUGCACAAAUACGAGAGGUUGUCACGGGUGCCUUGGAGGUAGUGUUGCCAGCCAGGACCAUACAACAUGUAGAAUGUGCGAUGAAGUCCUCUCAAGGUGGUGAAGCUGCCAAUGAGUCAAGUGUCUGGUUCAUCCAGGAUCUGACUAAGCUGGAGAGUUCUCAAGUUCAUGUGAUUGAAGGUUGUGCUACCGGGAAUAGAGAGUUACGUUUACUCCUUAUUAAUGCUGGAAAAAAUGAGUUCAUCCUACCACCUCACUCAAUUGUGGCAUCUGCUGUGCAAGUAGAAGAACGAAGUGAAGUUCAUCUUCAAAACAGAGAGGACCAACUUGAGGUGGAUGUUUGUAAUGUAAUGAUUGCCACAACAGAAUCGGUUCAA